AUAUUGAUGAGUGUGAAAAUGACUUCUACAAUGGGGGUUGUGUCCACGAGUGUAUCAACAUUCCAGGCAACUACAGGUGUACAUGCUACGACGGGUUCAUGUUAGCCCAUGACGGCCACAACUGUCUUGAUGUUGAUGAGUGUCAGGAUAACAAUGGAGGGUGCCAGCAGAUUUGUGUAAAUACUAUGGGAAGCUAUGAAUGUCAGUGCAAAGAGGGCUUUUUUCUGAGUGAUAACCAGCAUACCUGUAUUCAUCGCUCCAUUGAGGGUAUGAACUGUAUGAACAAAGAUCAUGGGUGUGCACACAUCUGCCGGGAGACGCCCAAAGGUGGGGUUGCCUGUGAAUGUAGGCCUGGCUUUGAACUUGCCAAAAACCAGAAGGACUGCAAAUUAACCUGUAACUAUGGGAAUGGAGGCUGCCAACACACCUGUGAUGACACAGAUACUGGUCCUGUGUGUGGUUGUCAUCAGAAGUAUGCCCUACAUUCAGAUGGCCGAACCUGCAUUGAGAAGGAUGAGGCUGCAAUUGAGAGUUCUGAGUACAAUGCCACGUCAGUAGCUGAUGUGGACAAGCGGGUGAAACGGCGGCUACUUAUGGGUAACACUUUUCUUCCACUUCCUUUGUUGUGCUCUCACUUUUGUCUGAUUCCUGAAAAAUCUCAUGUUGCAGACCUGUCUAUUGACUUAAAAGUGGCUGAUGAUGAUGAUGAUGAU